CUCCUUCUUUGCGGGGCGUCUCCGGCGGUUGCCAAACUUCGCGCGCUGCCUCUCUCCCUCCAUCAGCACCGCCUUCCCGGCUCUGCUGCUGCUGCUGCUGCUGUUCCUCUCCCGCGGCCGGUAAGCGGCGACGGCGGCAACUUCCUCCCCUUUGCCCGCCUGGCGCGGCUGUCUCUCCCCCCCCCCCGCCCACUCCCCAUCCCUUCGCGCGCCUGGAUGAGCGGCUGCCCGGUGAGCGGCGGCGGCGGCGGCGGCGGCGGUGUUGGAGCAUGGCGCUGGAGCGGAGCUCGUCGACCCCGCCGGUCCGGAUUUGUCCUCCGCGGCUGCUGUUGGGGCUGCUGAUGCUCUCGGCUGCCGGCCGGGCUGCCUAUCCUCGCUUCUCGCCCUUCUUCUUCCUCUGCACCCACCACGGGGAGUUGGAAGGGGACGGCCAGCAAGGCGAGGUGCUCAUCUCUCUCCACCUGGGAGGGAACCCCACUUUCUACGUGCCGGGACAGGAAUAUCACGUGACUAUUUCAACAAGCACCUUUUUUGAUGGCAUAUUGGUCACGGGACUUUAUACAUCUACCAGUGUUCAGACUUCGCAGAGCAUUGGCGGGUCCAGUGCAUUUGGAUUUGGAAUAAUGUCUGAUCACCAAUUUGGGAAUCAAUUCAUGUGCAGCAUGGUGGCGUCACACGUCAGCCACCUUCCAACCACAAAUCUCAGUUUUGUUUGGAUUGCUCCUCCUGCAGGAACAGGCUGCGUGAAUUUUAUGGCAACAGCCACUCACAGAGGUCAAAUUAUAUUCAAGGAUGCCUUAGCCCAGCAGUUGUGUGAACAAGGAAGUCCAACAGAAGCUCCUUUCCAUCCUCUUUUAGCCGAGAUGCACAGUGACAGCAUCAUAUUACGGGAUGAUUUCGAUUCUUAUCACUUGCAAGGACUGAAUCCUACUAUGUGGUUUGAAUGCAGCAACUGUGAGGUUGGAGACCAGUGUGGAGUCAUUAUGCACGGGAGUGCUGUCACUUUCUGUGAGCCAUACGGGCCAAGAGAUCUAAUUACCAAUGGCCUUAACACAACAACAGCUUCUGUCCUCCAAUUUUCAAUAGGGUCAGGUUCGUGCCGUUUUAGCUACUCCGAUCCGGACAUCAUUGUCUCCUAUUCAAAGAAUAAUUCAGAAGAUUGGAUUCAACUGGAGAAAAUUAGAGCUCCUUCUAACGUCAGCACCAUCAUCCACAUUCUGUAUCUCCCCGAAGAAGCCAAAGGAGAAAAUAUUCAAUUUCAGUGGAAACAGGAAUAUGUACAUGUGGGUGACGUGUACGAAUCCUGCUGGGCGUUGGACAAUAUCUUGAUCAUCAACGCAGCUCACAGACAAAUCGUUUUAGAAGACAAUCUCGAUCCUGUGGAUACGGGAAACUGGCUGUUUUUCCCCGGAGCCACGAUUAAGCAUAGCUGUCAGUCAGAUGGAAAUGCAAUUUACUUCCACGGAACUGAAGGCAGUGAGUUAAAUUUUGCCACGACACGCGACGUGGACCUCUCCACUGAAGACGCUCAGGAGCAAUGGGCCGAAGAAUUUGAGAGCCAGCCAAAAGGGUGGGAUAUAUCUGGAGCAAUCAUCAGCAACGAAUGUGGGACCUUGGAAUCGGGUUCAUCCGCCGUGUUCCUCAGAGAAGGCGAGAGAAAACUAUGCACUCCAUACAUGGACAUGACAGGUUAUGGAAAUCUGAGGUUUUAUUUCAGCAUGGGAGGGAGCUGUGACACUGGAGAAGCUCAUGAAAAUGAUGUCCUAUUAUACGCAAAAAUUGAAGGAAGAAAAGAUCACAUAACUCUUGAUGUAAUGAGCUACGCUUCCCACAGGAGUCCCUCUUUGGUCUCCGUUGUCAUCAGUCCAGAACUUCAAACUCCGGCAACCAAAUUCUGCCUCAAGCAAAAGAGCCACCAAGGACGUGACAGAAAUAUCUGGGCUAUCGAUUACUUCCAUGUCCUGCCAGUCCUUCCUUCUACAGUUACACAUAUGAUCCAGUUUUCCAUUAACUUGGGCUGUGGAACCCAUCAACCCGGCAACAGUGUUAGCUUGGAAUUCUCCACCAACCAUGGACGUUCUUGGUCAUUGCUUCACUCCGAAUGUUUGCCAGAGACCUGUGCUGGAUCCCAUCUUCCCCACAGCACAGUCUACGCAUCCGAAAACUACAGUGGGUGGAACCGUAUAACUAUUCCCCUUCCAAAUGCAGCCUUAACUAGAGAUACCAGAAUUCGAUGGAGACAAACCGGAUCGGUUCUUGGAAACAUGUGGGCAAUUGACAGCAUUUACAUUGGUCCGUCUUGUCUCAAAUUCUGCUCAGGGCGAGGUCAAUGCACGAGAACCGGUUGCAAGUGUGACCCUGGUUUUUCAGGCCCGGCGUGCGAAAUGGCUUCUCAAACCUUUCCGAUGUUCAUCUCAGAAACCUUCAGCAAUUCCAGGCUCUCUUCCUAUCACAACUUUUACUCUAUCCGUGGUGCUGAAGUCAGUUUCGGCUGCGGAGUCCUAGCGAGCGGCAAAGCCCUGGUUUUUAACAAGGAUGGGAGACGUCAACUCGUCACGUCUUUCUUCGACAGCUCCCAAUCAAGAUUCCUCCAGUUCACUCUGAGACUCGGUAGCAGAUCUGUUCUGAGUACUUGCAAAGCCCCGGAUCAGCCUGGCGAAGGUGUUUUACUGCACUACUCGUACGACAAUGGGAUUACGUGGAAGCUUCUGGAACAUUACCCGUAUCUCAACUAUCACGAGCCAAGAAUAAUUUCGGUGGAAUUGCCAGAAGAUGCGAGACAGUUUGGCAUUCAGUUCCGAUGGUGGCAACCGUACCAUUCUUCUCAAGGCGAAGAUGUUUGGGCCAUUGAUGAAAUCAUUAUGACCUCCGUGCUUUUCAAUAGCAUUAGCCUGGAUUUCACCAACUUGUUGGAAGUUACUCAGUCCCUUGGAUUCUACUUGGGGAAUGUUCAACCAUACUGUGGCCAUGACUGGACACUCUGUUUUACCGGAGAUUCCAAGUUAGCUUCUAGUAUGCGCUACGUAGAAACACAGUCUAUGCAAAUUGGAGCGUCGUAUAUGAUUCAGUUCAACUUGGUGAUGGGCUGUGGCCAGCAGUACACGCCCCACAUGGACAAUCAGGUGAAACUGGAAUACUCCACUAAUCAUGGCCUUACUUGGCAUCUGGUUCAAGAGGAAUGCCUUCCAAGCAUGCCCAGUUGCCAAGAAUUUACUCCAGCAAGUAUCUACCACUCCAGUGAAUAUACAAAGUGGAGAAGAAUCACAGUCCUUUUACCCCAGAAAACAUGGUCCAGUGCAACACGUUUCCGCUGGAGUCAGUGCUAUUACACCUCCCAAGAUGAAUGGGCCCUGGACAACAUCUAUAUAGGACAGCAGUGCCCAAAUAUGUGCAACGGGCAUGGCUGGUGCGAUCAUGGCCUUUGCAGAUGUGACUCUGGAUACCAGGGUACUGAAUGCCAACCUGAAAAUAAUCUGCCUUCAACUAUAAUGUCUGAUUUUGAGAAUCCGAACACUUUGGAAAAAGAAUGGCAGGAAGUCAUUGGCGGAGAGAUUGUAAAACCAGAACAAGGCUGCGGAGUGAUCUCCUCUGGAUCCUCUCUUUAUUUCAACAAGGCUGGGAAGAGACAAUUGGUGAGCUUGGAUUUGGACACCACCUGGGUAGACUUUGUCCAGUUUUACAUUCAGAUCGGCGGAGAGAGUCCUUCCUGCAACAAGCCAGACAGCAGAGAAGAAGGCGUCCUCCUGCAAUACAGCAACAAUGGAGGCAUCAACUGGCACGCCCUGGCAGAAAUGUACUUCUCUGACUUCAGCAAAUCCAGGUUUGUCUAUCUGGAGCUUCCUCCUGCUGCAAAGACCCCCUGCACUCGAUUCCGUUGGUGGCAACCGGUGUUUUCGGGAGAAGGCUACGAUCAGUGGGCUAUCGAUGACAUCAUCAUCCUGUCCGAAAAGCUGAAACAGAUCAUCCCUGUGGCUAACCCCACGUUGCCUCAGAAUUUUUACGAGAAACCAGCCUUUGAUUACCCCAUGAACCAGCUCAGCAUGUGGCUAAUGUUAGCGAACGAAGGGAUGCCCAAAAACGAAACUUUUUGUUCGGCUACCCCAUCAGCGAUGAUAUUUGGCAAAUCAGAUGGCGAUCGGUUUGCAGUGACCCGGGAUUUAACGCUGAAAACAGGUUACGUCCUUCAAUUCAAGCUGAACAUUGGAUGCACGGAUCAGUUCAGUAGCUCUGCCCCAGUUCUUCUUCAGUAUUCCCACGACGCCGGCUUGUCUUGGUCACUGGUGAAGGAGGGCUGCUUCCCAGCAUCCCCUGGGGUGAAAGGAUGCGAAGGGAGCACCCGGGAAUUGACAGAGCCAACCAUGUAUUAUGCGGGAGACUUUGAAGAGUGGACAAGGAUCACCAUUGUCGUGCCGAGAUCGCUCGCUGCUAGGAAGACCAGAUUCCGCUGGAUACAAGAGAGCCGUUCGCAAAAGAGCCUUCCCCCCUUUGGCUUGGACGGAGUGUAUAUUUCAGAGCCGUGCCCCAACUACUGCAAUGGACAGGGAGACUGCAUUUCCGGCGUCUGUUUUUGUGACAUGGCCUAUACAGCUUCACAUGGGACCUGUGUGUCUAAUGUACCUAAUCCCAGCGAGAUGUUUGACAGAUUUGAGAGGAAGUUGAGUCCCCUUUGGUACAAGAUAACUGGAGCUCAAGUUGGAAAUGGCUGCGGAAUAUUGAGUGAUGGGAAAUCUCUUUACUUUGGUGGAUCGGGCAAAAGAGAAGCACGAACCGUCUCUCUGGAUACCACCAGCAUCAGACUAGUUCAGUUCUAUGUUCAGAUUGGAAGCAAAACAGCUGGUACAGACUGCAACAGACCCCGAGCCAGGAACGAAGGGCUUGUGGUCCAGUAUUCCAAUGACAAUGGAAUCAGCUGGACGUUGCUACGAGAGUUGGACUUUUUGUCUUUCUUGGAACCACAGAUUGUCUCUAUUGAAUUGCCCCGGGAAGCCAAAACCUCAGCCACCGCAUUUCGGUGGUGGCAACCUCAGCAUGGAAAGCAUUCAGCCCAAUGGGCUUUGGAUGACGUGCUUGUAGGCAUGAACGACAGCUCUCCAAUGGGUUUUCAAGAUAAAUUUGACGGCUCUGUAGAUUUGCAGUCUAAUUGGUACCGGGUUCAAGGGGGUCAGGUCGACAUUGAUUGUCUGUCUAUGGAUACCUCUCUCAUCUUCAGUGAAAAUAUAGGAAAGCCUCGUUACGCGGAGACCUGGGAUUUCCACGUGGCCGAUUCCACCUUCAUGCAGUUUGAGCUGAACAUGGGCUGCAGCAAACCGUUCAGCGAUUCCCACGGCAUUCAUUUCCAGUAUUCCCUGAACAACGGGAGAGACUGGCAUCUGGUGACGGAAGAGUGUGUGCCGCCCAGAAUAGGCUGCCAACAUUACACGCAGAGUUCGGUUUACAGUUCGGAAAGAUUUCAGAAUUGGAAACGGAUCACGCUGUCGCUUCCUCCCGCAGCCAUGUCCCCCAGAACACGCUUCCGAUGGAUCCAACAUGAUUAUACCCCUGGUGGGGAUACUUGGACUAUUGAUAAUGUCAUCCUGGCUACCAGAUGCCCCUGGAUGUGUUCCGGUCAUGGAAUCUGUGAUUCUGGACAUUGUGUGUGUGACAGAGGUUACGGAGGGCCUUACUGUGUGCCUACUGUUCCUCUCCCAAGUGUGCUAAAGGAUGACUUCAAUGGCAACCUUCAUCCAGACCUUUGGCCUGAAGUCUACGGAGCUGAGAGAGGAAACCUGAACGGUGACACCAUCAAAUCCGGAACCAGCCUCAUCUUCAAAGGGGAAGGGCUGAGGAUGCUCGUUUCAAGGGAUUUAGACUGUACAAAUACAAUGUACAUUCAGUUUUCGUUCAGAUUUUUAGCCAAAGGUACCCCGGAGAGAUCUCAUUCUAUAUUGCUCCAGUAUUCCGUCAACGGAGGAAUCACGUGGCAUCUGAUAGAUGAGUUUUACUUCACCCAAACAACUGAUGUCCUUUUCAUUAACAUCCCGCUGCCGUAUUCAGCGCGAAACAGUGCUACCCGUUUCAGGAUCUGGCAACCCUACAACAACGGUAAGAAGGAAGAGAUUUGGAUUAUAGAUGACUUCAUUAUUGAUGGAAAUAAUCUGAAAAAUCCUGUGAUCCUUUCGGAUACCUUUGACUUGGGCCCAAAGGAAGACAACUGGUUUUUCUACCCUGGUGGCAACAUUGGACUUUAUUGUCCAUAUUCAUCCAAAGGAGCGCCAGAAGAAGAUUCGGCGAUGGUGUUUGUUUCAAGUGAAGUCGGAGAGCAUUCGAUUACAACGAGAGAUCUGAACGUAAACGAAAAUACCAUAAUUCAGUUUGAGAUUAAUAUCGGCUGCACGACAGAUAGCUCCUCUGCUGACCCAGUGAAACUUGAAUUCUCCCGAGACUUGGGUGCAACCUGGCACCUGCUUCUUCCUUUAUGCUAUAGUAGCAGCAGCUAUCUCAGUUCUCUCUGCUCGGUUGAGCAUCAUCCAAGUAGCACCUACUACGCCGGAACAACCCAGGGCUGGAGAAGAGAAGUCAUCCAUUUUGGAAAGCUACAUCUUUGUGGCUUGGUGAGAUUCAGAUGGUACCAAGGAUUUUAUCCCGCUGGGUCUCAACCGGUGACUUGGGCCAUUGACAACGUAUACAUAGGGCCACAGUGUGAGGAGAUGUGCAGUGGACACGGCAGUUGUAUCAAUGGUAGCAAGUGCAUCUGUGAUCCUGGAUAUUCUGGACCCACCUGUAGAAUAACCACCAAGAACCCUGAUUUUCUCAAGGAUGAUUUUGAAGGUCAACUGGAGUCGGACAGGUUCUUACUGGUGAGUGGCGGAAAACCAUCCAGAAAAUGUGGAAUCCUGUCCGGAGGGAACAAUCUCUUCUUUAACGAGGAAGGGUUGCGGAUGUUGAUGACCCAAGAUCUGGAUUUAUCCCAAGCUAGAUUUGUGCAAUUCUUCAUGAGGCUGGGAUGUGGCAAAGCCGUACCCGAUCCCAGGAGUCAGCCGGUGUUGUUACAAUAUUCCCUUAAUGGUGGACUCCGAUGGAAUCUACUCCAGGAAUUUCUCUUCAGCAAUUCGAGCAAUAUCGGACGGUACAUUGCUUUGGAAAUCCCUCUAAAAGCUCGUUCUCCCUCUACGCGUCUCCGCUGGUGGCAACCUUCUGAGAACGGGCAUUUCUACAGCCCUUGGGUCAUUGACCAGAUCCUUAUCGGUGGAAAUAUUUCCGGCAACACAGUCCUGGAAGACGAUUUCAGCACCUUGGACAGCAAGAAAUGGCUUCUUCACCCAGGUGGAACCAAAAUGCCCGUCUGUGGCUCUUCUGGAGAUGCUCUGGUCUUCAUUGAGAAGGCCAGCACUCGCUACGUGGUCACCACCGACAUUGCCAUAAACGAGGACUCUUUCCUUCAGCUGGAUUUUGCUGCGUCUUGUUCGGUCACCGAUUCUUGCUACGCUAUCGAGCUGGAAUAUUCUGUGGACCUUGGUCUGACAUGGCAACCUGUAGUAAGAGACUGCCUUCCUACUAACGUAGAAUGCAACAGGUAUCACCUCCAGCGGAUCUUGGUAUCCGAUACCUUCAACAAAUGGACGAGAAUCAUCUUGCCACUUCCUCCUUACACCAGGUCUGAUGCGACCCGUUUCCGUUGGCACCAGACAGCGCCUUUCGACAAGCAGCAAACAUGGGCCAUUGACAAUGUCUACAUAGGCGACGGCUGUAUAGAUAUGUGCAGCGGGCAUGGAAGAUGCACUGAAGGAAACUGCGUGUGUGAUGAAAACUGGAGCGGAUUAUACUGCGACGAGCCAGAUGUGUCCCUCCCCAUUCAACUGAAAGACAAUUUCAAUCGUGCCCCAUCCAGCCAGAACUGGCUAACUGUUAACGGGGGGAAACUGAGCACCGUCUGCGGUGCGGUGGCUUCUGGGAUGGUUCUUCAUUUUAGCGGGGGAUGCAGCCGUUUGCUUGUGACAGUGGAUCUCAACCUAACCAAGGCAGAAUUCAUUCAGUUUUAUUUCAUGUACGGAUGUCUGAUCAGCCCCAACAAUCGUAACCAAGGAGUUCUCCUGGAAUAUUCCGCGAAUGGUGGCAUUACGUGGACGCUUUUGAUGGAAAUAUUUUAUGACCAGUUCAGCAAACCUGGCUUCGUGAACAUUCUCCUUCCUCCGGAUGCCAAGCGAGUAGGAACCCGUUUUCGCUGGUGGCAGCCUAAACACGAAGGUCUCGAUCAAAGCGAUUGGGCUAUCGACAACGUAUUGAUCUCUGGCUCAGCGGAUCAGAGGACGGUGAUGCUGGAUACCUUUAGCAGUGCACCAUUGCCCCAGCACGAACGCUCUCCCGCCGAUGCGGGACCGACCGGCAGAAUCGCUUUUGAUAUGUUUGUAGAUGACAGAACAACAGUGAAUGAGCUCUGGAUGUUCCAUGAUGAUUGUUCCAUUGAAAAAUUCUGUGAUUCUCCGGAUGGGGUCCUGAUGUGUGGUAGCCAUGACGGCAGGGAGGCCUACGCCAUCACCCACGACCUAACUCCUACGGAGCAUUGGAUCAUGCAGUUCAAGAUUUCUGUCGGAUGUAAAACCUCAGAAAAGAUCGCUCAAAACCAAGUCCAUGUACAAUAUUCUACCGAUUUUGGUGUGAGUUGGAGAUACCUCAUCCCUCAGUGUUUACCUGCCGACCCAAAGUGCUCAGGGGCCGUUUCCCAGCCUUCUGUCUUCUUUCCAACCAAAGGAUGGAAAAGGAUAACCUACCCAUUGCCUGAAAACCUAGUAGGAAAUCCAGUGAGAUUCAGAUUUUAUCAGAAGUACUCAGAUAUGCAGUGGGCCAUUGACAAUUUUUACCUUGGGCCUGGUUGUGCCGAAAACUGCCGAGGCCAUGGAGAUUGCUUGAAAGAGCAAUGCAUUUGUGACCCAGGAUUCUCCGGGCCAAAUUGUUACUUGACCCAUCCUCUGAAGACUUUCCUGAAGGAGCGUUUUGACAACGAAGAAAUUCGUCCUGAUUUAUGGAUGUCCCUGGAAGGCGGCCUGGCCUGUCUGGAAUGUGGGGUUCUGGCCGAGGACACGGCUCUAUAUUUUGGGGGACCAACAGUGAGGCAGGCAGUGACUCAAGACUUGGACCUCCGGGGCGCAAAGUUUCUACAAUACUGGGGAAGAAUAGGGAGUGAAAACAACAUGACGACUUGUCAUAGACCAACAUGUCGAAAGGAAGGAGUUCUACUGGAUUACUCAACAGAUGGAGGAAUAUCAUGGACGUUGCUGCAUGAGAUGGACUAUCAGAAAUAUAUCUCCAUCAGGCACGAUUAUAUUCUGCUCCCGGAAGAGGCUCUCACCAAUACAACUCGCCUACGCUGGUGGCAACCAUUCGUGAUUAACAACGGCAUUGUUGUUUCGGGGUUUGAUCGUGCUCAGUGGGCCCUGGAUAAUAUACUGAUUGGCGGAGCAGAAAUCAAUCCAAGUCAACUGGUGGAUACAUUCGAUGACGAAGGGAUCUCCCACGAAGAAAAUUGGAGUUUCUAUCCAAAUGCGGUCAGGACUGCGGGAUUCUGCGGUAACCCUUCCUUCCACCUCUAUUGGCCCAAUAAGAAAAAGGACCAGACGUACAAUAUCUUAUGCUCCCGGGAGCUCAUUAUACAACCUGGAUACAUGAUACAGUUUAAAAUUGUGGUUGGCUGUGAAGCAACAUCUUGUGGUGAUCCCCAUUCAGUUAUGCUGGAAUACUCUAAGGAUGCUAGAUUAGAUUCCUGGCAGCUCGUCCAGACCCAGUGCCUUCCGUCUUCCUCCAACAGCGUUGGUUGCUCCCCGUUUCAGUUUCACGAAGCGACCAUCUAUAACUCCGUCAACAGUUCCACUUGGAAGAGGAUAACCAUCCAGCUUCCGGAUCACGUCUCCUCCAGUGCAACUCAGUUCCGGUGGAUCCAAAAAGGAGAAGAGCCGGAAAAACAAAGCUGGGCGAUAGAUCAUGUCUACAUUGGAGAAGCCUGUCCCAAACUCUGCAGCGGCCACGGAUAUUGUACCACGGGUGCCGUUUGUAUUUGUGAUGAAGAAUACCAAGGCGAUGACUGCUCUGUUUUCAACCACGAACUUCCCAGCUACAUUAAAGAUAAUUUCGAGUCGGCAAGAAUUACCGAAAUAAACUGGGAAAUUAUUCAGGGUGGAGUGAUAGGGAACGGAUGUGGACAGCUGGCUCCGUACGCUCAUGGUGACUCUCUAUAUUUCAAUGGCUGUCAGAUAAGGCAAGCGGUGACAAAGGCCCUGGAUUUAACCCGAGCAAGCAAAAUAAUGUUUGUUUUGCAAAUUGGAAGUCUUUCACAAACUGAUAGUUGCAACACGAAUCUCAGUGACCCCAACACUGUCGACAAAGCUGUGUUGCUCCAGUACAGCGUAAACAAUGGGAUUACAUGGCAAGUCAUUGCACAGCACCAGCCAAAAGACUUUAUACAAGCCCAAAGAGUCUCUUACAAUGUGCCACUGGAGGCACGAAUGAAGGGGGUGUUACUUCGCUGGUGGCAAUCCCGCCACAGUGGCUCAGGCCACGAUCAAUGGGCUCUGGACCACGUAGAAGUUGUUCAAGAUGAAAGAUCCUAUAUUGCCUCUAAACCUCAUCAAGCUUUUAUGACUAAUCACAGUCCUGCAUGCAUUGAAAUACAUUUUCUAAUUUGUGUUGUAUUUCAUUAUUUGCUGUCAUUGGUUUUACACUAGAGUAAGCACUCGCAAACAAAAUUACAUGAUGAAUUUUUCACGGCAACAUGGGCUCAGGCAUUUCUACAACAGAAGACGACGUUCACUUCUCAGGCGGUCCCCGUGAAGAGCAAGACAUGACUUUCCUUCCCCCCCCCCUCCUUCUUUCCCGACCUGUGACAUUUUGCUUUCAAUCCCCCCACAACCGAACAACCCUGAAAAUUUGAUUUACGAGGACUUUUUCUCUCCACACGCACAUCCGACCCUUUCCCUUCUUGGAGGUAUAUUUUGAAAGCCUCCCUCAAGGCAGAAAGUUACGCCCUGUUUUGUUUUUUCCCGCACUGUGAUCCUCAUGGGAAGCGACUUAUUUUUCUCAUAGGUAAAUGUUUUUGAAUGUUGUUGUGUCUGUGAAAAAAAAAAAUUGUGAUUCUGUUGUAAUACCAGUUACAGUGGCAGUAUUGGAAGUAAAGCGACUGUUUUGAACAGGAGGAAAAAGAAGAAGAAGAAAAACAAAUGCGUAAGCACAAAAAAAGACUUAAUAUUUAACGUCCGAAAACUACAAUAUUAAGUACAAUUCAGUAUUUAAAUGCACUGUAUUUUGGCUCUGUAUCAUAUUUUAUAUGAUUAAGUUAUUCUCGUCCUCUUUGUAUCCUCUUCUGCGACUUGAGCACGAUGGCACUGCGUUAACCGUCAGGACAUUUUGCAGGUGACGCCUGCACAACUUACGCAAAGCAAAGAAAUGCCGGACUCAAACAAAUAUAAUCUCAACAGCCAUUGUACGAGACCAUGAUGUCCUUCAUUCCUUCUCUUUGUCUACCUGUUAAUCAUUGUUUGUGGUAACCCGUCACCAAAACAGAAGCUCCUGUUUCCUUGUUGAAAAGUACAGCCGUCCUCCGCGGAUGCGUUACUUACAGUAGCUGCCAUUUGCUCUCUGUAGUAAUGGAGUGAUUUGUAAACAGUGGAACGUUUUCUUCUUCGUGUUUCUUUGUGGUUUGUUUCCUUUUUUUUUUUUUUUUAGGAUGGGGGGGUUUCAUUCUGUAUCUUGGAUACUGCCUGUACCUCCCACCGGCAACACAAUUUAUGACCCCACAACUCUUGUUAACUGUCUGUAAACUUUCACUCUACAAGGAAUCAACUAAACUUCAAUGCUUCAAUAAAGAUGUCAACCAAUGA